UAAUUCAUGUCAGCUGCUCAAACAAAAAUGGCUACACGAUCCUGCUUGUCCGCCUUCCUGCUGCUACUUGUGGCAUUGGAAUUCAAUAUCGUUAUGGGAGUUACUCUUCCUCAGUGCAGACCAAUUGUGGCUACCGACACUGACCUAAUUCAAUUCGCUUUAAACUUGGAAUUCCUGGAAGCAGAGUUUUUCCUGUUCGGUGCGCUUGGUAGGGGGCUGGAUGACUUUGCACCUUCUUUGGCGCAGGGCGGUCCUCCUCCGGUGGGCGGUAGAAUUGCCGAUCUAGACCCAUUGAUCCGUAGGAUUAUCCAGGAAUUUGGUUAUCAGGAAAUUGGACAUAUCAGGGCGAUCACACAAUCCGUAGGAGGAAUUCCAAGGCCACAACUGAAUCUAAGUGACGAGAGUUUUGCUGCAAUCAUGAACCGAGCAAUGAAUACCACACUCAAUCCUCCAUUCAAUCCGUACGCCAACUCGAUCAACUAUCUCUUAGCAUCAUAUGUUAUCCCUUACGUGGGACUCGUAGGCUAUGUCGGCACUAUUCCGGACCUCACCAGAAGAACCAGCCGAUCCCUGGUUGCAUCUCUGUUGGGAGUGGAGGCCGGACAAGACGCGGUGAUACGAGGACUACUCUACGAGAGGGCGAAUGAGACAGUGAGGCCAUAUGGGAUGACGGUGGCGGAUUUUACCAAUCGUAUCUCGGAACUUAGGAACCGGCUUGGCAUGUGUGGGGUGAAAGACGAAGGUUUGAUAGUACCGGUGCAACUUGGAGCGGAGAAUCGAACAACCAGUAACAUCCUAUCGGCGGAUGCUAAUUCCCUUUCGUAUUCACGGACACCACCGGAAAUUCUGAGGAUAAUAUAUGGAACCGGCAGCGAGCGUAGCCCUGGUGGCUUUUUUCCAAAUGGUGGAUCUGGGAAAAUCGCCAUGCGAUUGCUUCGCUAGCUGAAUCAAGCGGUGACAUAUCUAUAUCUAUUUAUCGAUAUGAAUAAAACAGGGUUUUAUAUAAUACAGAGGAAUGAUUUACGAAAAAAUCCAGGUGGUUUUUGGUGGAAACCAUGAUUUUAUAUAUGGCUGAUGUAGUU